CAAUAACAGCAACAAAAAAUGUGGGUGGACUAUGAGAAAACACUACUCUUUUUUUCCAUGAGUGAUUCCUGUUUUUAUGUUUCUUCUUUAUCACUUCAUAAGAAACACCUUCUGUUCUUCGUUAUGUUUUUUAUACUGUAUUUUUCUACUUGUGCUGGUACCACUACUACCUCUAGCAUUAGUUCUGAUGCCAGAGGUAACAUGACUGACCAUUUUGCACUGUUAGCCUUAAAGAGCAAGAUACAAAGAGAUCCAAAUGGGGCCUUAAAUUCCUGGAAUCAUUCCCUUCAUCAUUGUCACUGGGAAGGGAUUACAUGUGGCCACCGCCACAAAAGGGUUGUCCUCAUAGACUUGUCGUCAAGAGGUUUGGUUGGUACCAUAUCCCCAUAUAUAGGAAACCUCACUUUUCUCCAUUAUAUUAUUCUUCAUAACAACUCAUUAGCAGGUUCAAUUCCUGCUCAGAUCGGUCUCCUACUCAGGCUGUCAGACCUGAGUUUGUACCAAAACUCACUCACUGGGGCAAUUCCAGUCACCUUAUCUAAGUGCCUUCACCUUGAGUAUCUUGAUAUAAGUGAGAACAAUCUGGUUGGAAGAUUCCCCCAAGAACUAAGCUCCCUUUCUAUGCUUAAAGGUUUGUAUAUUCAUAGUAACAAUUUAAAGGGACCUAUCUUUAGAACUAUUCAGAACUUUACCUCUUUAGAAUUCUUAUCUGGAUCAUUUAAUUCCUUCGAGGGAACAGUUCCUGAAACCAUAGGUCAGCUGAAAAAUCUCUCUUUCAUUGCCUUUGGGUCAAACCAUCUUACUGGGAUGGUCCCUCCCUCGAUCUAUAAUCUCUCGUAUCUUACCGUGCUUUCAUUUCAUUACAACCAACUUCAUGGAAGUCUUCCAACAAACAUAGCAUCCACACUUCCACGUCUAAGUAUUCUUAACCUUGGUGGUAACCAGUUUUCUGGACCUCUUCCAGUUUCCUUGUCAAAUCUUUCGAGUCUUACUCGCCUUGAACUCCGCAAAAAUAGAUUUAAGGGUAAAGUAUCCAUGAACCUUAGACGCUUAAAACAUCUCCAGACACUACUUAUCAAUCACAACCACCUUGGAAGUGGAGAUGCUGAUGAUUUGAAAUUUGUAGCUUCCUUGGUCAAUUGCAGUGAAUUGACGGUACUUGAUGUGAGUUCCAACUAUUUUGGAGGAGUAUUACCAAAAUCCAUGGUCAAUCUCUCAACCAGAAUUAGAUCACUAGGCUUCGACAACAAUAUGUUAUCUGGUGAAGUUCCUGUAGGUAUGAGUCAUUUGUUUAACCUUGUCCUCUUGAAUCUGUGUGGAAACCAAUUAACAGGAACAAUUCCUACUGAUAUUGGAAAGCUUCAUAACCUAGGACGGUUAGACUUUAGCUCAAACAGAUUAACUGGCACAAUUCCUGAGUCUUUAGGGAACUUAUCCAAGUUAAGUGAACUUCAAUUGUAUGCCAAUUUAUUGGAAGGAACCAUACCUGUUAGUCUUGGGAAUUGCCAAUAUAUAAACUUCUUAAUUAUGACUCAAAAUCAACUCACUGGAACAAUACCGAAGGAACUUUUUGAGGGUUUAACUAACCUGGUUGAAUUAGGUCUAGCACAAAACCAUCUGGAAGGACCACUUCCUUUUGAGGUAAGCAAGCAAUUGAGCCUAGUGGGGUUAGACAUUUCUAACAAUAAGUUGUCUGGUAAAGUUCAGAGUGGCCUUGCUAGUUGUGUUAGCCUGUUAUACUUAUAUAUGCAAGGUAAUUUCUUUCAUGGACCUAUUCCUUCAUCAUUGAGCUUUCUUAAAAGUAUGCAGGAACUUGACCUUUCUCUGAACAAGCUCUCUGGCCAUAUUCCGGGGUACUUUUCAAAAUUCAACUUAACGUAUCUGAAUUUAUCGUAUAACGACUUUGAUGGUGAGGUUCCUGUGGAUGGUAUUUUUGCAAAUGAAAGUGCGGUGUCCCUCAUGGGAAAUGCAAAGCUUUGUGGUGGCAUCUUUGAAUUGCAUCUACCAAGGUGCACAAGAAAAGAAGCAACUAAAAAGAAACUCUCUCUCAAGCUCAAACUGAUUAUAUCUUGUGGUUGUGCAUUUAUUGGUGUGGCCAUCUUGUUUUCUUUGUAUUGGAUUCAUCACAAAAAGAAACAAGACCUCUCUCUCACCAGAUCAUAUUUUAGGGAGCCUUUCUUGAAAGUGUCAUACAAUAUGCUGUUAAAAGCAACAGAUGGAUUCUCUACAUCAAAUUUACUUGGUACGGGUACUUUUGGGUCUGUAUUUAAAGGGAUGCUUGAGCCAAACCAAAUGGUGGUUGCUGUGAAAGUACUCAAGCUUCAACAGCAAGGUGCUUCAAGGAGUUUUCUGAAAGAGUGCGAGGCAUUAAGAAACAUACGUCAUCGAAAUCUUGUCAGAAUCAUAACAGCUUGCUCUAGUAUUGAUUUUCAGGGUAAUGACUUUAAAGCUCUUCUGUAUGAGUUUCUGCAUGGUGGGAGCCUGGAGAGCUGGUUGCACGCAGACAAUAGCAAUGAGAUUCUUGAAGUUGGAAAGCUCACCCUUCUUCAGAGGGUGAACAUUGCUCUUGACUUGGCUUGUGCACUUAAUUAUCUCCACCAUGGCUGUGAAAAUUCUAUCGUGCAUCGUGACUUAAAACCAAGCAAUGUCUUACUUGACAAUGAUAUGGUUGCUCAUGUUGGAGAUUUUGGUCUUGCAAGGUUUCUUCCACAAUCCUCGUACCCAAAUCAGAGUAGUUCAGCUGGAGUUAAAGGAACUAUUGGUUAUGCUGCACCAGAGUAUGGGCUUGGAGCUGAUGCGUCAACAGCUGGUGAUGUUUACAGCUUUGGAAUCCUGCUUCUAGAAAUGAUGACAGGCAAACGACCCACUGAUGAAGCUUUCAUCGAAGGUCUCAACCUUCACACUUAUGUGAAGAUAGCUUUACCUGAUAACGUGAUGCAGAUUGUUGAUCCAAGUCUUUUGGACAACAUCAAUUAUGCUGUCAGCGAUACCAGAUUUCAUAGAGAAGCUACAAGUGCACAGAGGAUGAAUUACAUGGUCUCAGUGAUGGAGAUUGGGAUGGCAUGUACGAUGGAGUCAGCUCAAGAUCGGAUGAGCAUAACUGAUGCUUACAUUAAACUCCAAAGCAUAAAAGCUAUCAUUCUUCGAGGACGUUGAUCGCAUUCAGAUUGUAAAGCACAACACUUCUUUGAAGGAAGAUUGUUAACUUUGGUACUCACCACCAGAAUUGUUCCAU